AUGAAGCCAAUUCAUCUCGCAGUUCUCAUAUUCUCCCUACUACUCCUAAACUUUGUCAAUCUUACCACUGCCAGGAGCAUCAACUUCCCCAGAUCCACAUGGCUAGCAAACAUUCUUUACCCCCGUGCGAAUGACGGCAACCCAAAGCCCGACACUUUUAUCUGCACAACCACCAAUAGCUCUCCAUUCCAGAACCACGUUCAAUUUGGUGCAGAAGAAAUGAGAAAGGCUCAGGGCAAUCACUGGUGCACACAGGAAAGUCGGGAUGGAUGUAUGGAGCUGAUUAACUACGGCACUGCUUUCGUCACUAUGUGUGGGGAGUACAGGACUAAACUCAGAUGCUAUCACCUAGUGGAUGCACUCAACGACCUUGUUAGAGCAUGUACCAAGGAUACUGGUACGAUUGGGGGGAAGUUAAGAAUAUCCGGAAGGGCCGUAUUUGAUUGGGGAUACCUUGAGGUUACAAAUAAGUAG